CUUUACAUCUUAAAAAAAAAGAAAUUAAAAUCAGCUAAUCAUCUGCAUAAACUGUAAUUAUAUAUUGAUGAAAACGAUGUGGAAAAAAAGAAACAAAAUAGAAUUUAAAGCAGUUUAAUAGAAGCAGGUGAAGGAAGAGAAGAAAAAUGUGGAGAGUGAUAAUAAGUGUCCCUCUCCCUCAAAGUCCGCCCCCCCCCCACCGCUUUGACGUCAGAGUCUGAGAGACACAAAACAAGCUGCUCUCAGCUGAGCCUCUCACUCCUUUUCCAUCCUCACCCGCGUGCUCACCAUCAGACAAACCACUUACCUCGGACGCCACUCAGUUUUCUGCCACUCAGUGUGGAUGUGACAGCACAACUGUCUGGCAGGGACCCCCUCUUUCACUACUCAGGACUGAAACCUGCAUUUCGCUGCACGUGAGUGAUGCCUGAUUCUGGCUGAAGCUGCCAAAGAGAGCGAAAGAAGUGUUCGGACACCCCAACACCUCACCCCCGACCGGCAGAUGUGAUAGAAGAGAAGUGGAGAAAGAACGGGGGGAAACACAACCUCCACUACCCCUCCCUCCUCAUCUGGCAGAACAAUAACUGCCUUCAGUUGGAGAGGGUCAGCUUUUGUUCCCGUCUCUGCUGAAAAGAGUAAAAGAGCAGACGGACGCACUGACACACUGACCUCCUGCUGCUGCUGCUGCUGCUGCUGCUGCAAACACUGCGGACUGCGCUGAUUCCUUCAGUACUUGGACAGCUCCCGAACAACAGUCGACGGGACCGUUUUCUCCACCAUGUCUCUGACAGCUGACCGACUCAAGGCGGUUUCGUUCGGAGAACAGAAACUCCAAAUGCAGCCGCCGUGUUCGCUCCAUCCCGGGACUUCGCUGACCUUCGACUCUCAGAGCGGCACGGGCAGCCUCCACCAGCUGGAGGAAAAACAGCUGUUUGAGAAGUUUUGGGAGGGCACUUUCAAGGCGGUGGCCACCCCGAGACCGGAGAGCGUGAUCGUGGCCAGCAUCACCUCCCGAAGGAGGGUGAAUGACUCAGAAACAAAUGUCUGUCCAACUCUCAAACCUGCGGAGCAGAAGGAAGCCGACAGCCGCGUGGACACUGUGAAGAGAAAAGUCUGCGUUAAACGAAAAGGACGCAAACGCCACAGUCGUCGCAGGUUCAGGAGCCCCUCGUACGACGACGAUCUCUCUACUAGACCUAAGGUGAAGAAGAAGAAGAGAAAGUCAUUUGGCAAGAGGAAAAGAAAAAGGUCUCCGUCCCACAGCCUGUCACCUCUGAGGAAGAAAAAGAAGAAAAGGAAGAAGAGCUCCAAGAAAAGCAAGCGGCACAGAUAUUCUUCCAAGAAGUCGAAGCAUAGCUCCUCAAGUUCAAAACGUAAGAGGAAGCAUGAGCACAAAAAGAAGAAAAGCUCCCGGACUCACUCGCGGCGGAGGCGUUGCUAUCGGAGGUCAGCGUUGGACAGUUCCUCCUGUCACUCGGCCGCAGAGGACAGAAACCAUCUCCAAAAGUCUGUGGUUCAUCAGGUUUUAGGGCAGGUGUCAGGUGCAGCAGAGGAGCCCAGCAGGGAGCUCCAGCACACGGACCUGAAAUGGAGAAGUUCAAACAAAUCAGAGUGUAAAAAGACUCGCUCCAUCCUCUCCACCUGCACCGUAAGUACUGCUUCGACUCUGCGACUGGCUCACCUCCCGUUAUUCAGCUGCUCAGUCAUCGAUAUUAGUGCCUGGUGCACUGACUAA